UGACUGGCUGGUUGGCCGCCUGCUUGCAGCCAGUCAACUUCAUCAUCAUCUCAACACUCAACAAUGAAUUUCGACUUGGACUUUCAUUCAGUCUGUUUUCGAGUGUCUUUUGCUAAGGGUGUUCGCUCGUCUUUAGUCUAGCGACUUGCAAGAAGCAAAUAAACACGCGCUCUUUCGUCGAUCCGUAUUGUGUGCGUGUUGUUAUAGGCCUAGUGCUUGUGGUUUUAGCAAAUUCCCUGUUUCUUUCACACACGGUGGAUAUGAAUUAAUGCUCCCUAAUCUGCCGUAACACAAAUGUCCCCCAUGUGAUUCGAAUACUAUAGUUACAGCAAGCCCACUCGCCUGUAGGAUCGUCUAAUCCGGGUGGUUCGUGACGACGCGUCGGCUUCCGUUACUAUUAUUGAUAAAGUGUUUAAUUUGUGGCUUGAAUCGAAUUCGUUCUGUAACAUGACGGGAACGUGUGCUUGUGAUGCGAAAUUUCUACGAGAAAUAGAAGAGUAGCGCGAAAGGUCACAUAAAAUUUAUUUGUUUAUUUUGAAAUUGCCGCCAAAAUUAUGCCCGCCUGAAUUUCAAAUUCAGAAAUAAAAAUAGAGGCCACGACGAAUUCCCCGGUGCGCUUUGAUUGCAUGUCUUCAGUGAAUGGUUCCACUCGUUCAGCGGCAAAAAAGAAGGACUUUCCAAUUUGAUCGCAGAACAUACCUGCAUUUCGUGUUCUUCUGGCGCCUCCAUUGACGGAAUGGCGAUAUCAUUUCAUCAGAUCUCGAUAGCUGACUGGCGUGACAUUCACUUUGGUUAAAAGUCUACACAUGUUAAUCCCUUCGCUAUCAAAAAGAAACGGUGCAAGUGGAAGGAGAACAUUUUCCGGUACUCCAAGUCAGAUUUCACCCCAAUAUCUAAAAACCCAAUAUCGUCACAAAAUAGACCACGAUCUAUUCUAAGCAUUCAUCAAAAUCACAAAAUCCAGAGAACGGCCAGAUAAACCAUGGGAACCUUCCUGAAAAAUUUUAAAACCCACAGAAAAUUGAAUUUGUUCAAAUGCCCAAAAUUCUACCGAACUAAUUGUGAUCUUCUAAUUAUCUCGAUAUUUCUGCAGAUUUUUCUGCUCCUAGUGACCGUUAUAAAUUGUAGUGAAUUUUAUUUAAUAGGUGGUAGCGGCAAAUCGCUUGAUUCGUCUAUUAGUUAUAGUGCCAAUAGUAAUAAUAAUAUUCGAGUGAAUAACAUUAACAGUAACAAUAGACCUGGCAGUGGUAACUUGCUGCUGCCUGUAGAUGCCCAAGGCUCUUCGCCCUUACCUGUUGCCUCAAGCCAUAGUACAAUCCCAAAUCCAAGAUCUGUAACUAUAGAUACAAAUAAAAAGAGUAAUUUAAAUACAGAUAAUAUGCCUAGUAAUUACCAGAGCAACCAUAGCGAUAAAAAAAGACUGAUAGUUUUUAACAGUCACGAAGAAAUCGAAAUUGCCGUGGCCCACGAAUCUCAACUUGAAAGUAACAAGGAAUACAGCCAGAGGCUUUCAGCAAUCACCGAAGUAGACUCAAGUAUUUUGGACAGUACUAGGGAAGUAGACAAACAGGAUGCUAACAGGAAUAGCCAUCAUAUGGACAGGGACAACAACGAGAAGCAGAAAAUCGACCCAGAUGAUGAGGAGGACGAGGAUAACGAUGAAUUGGAUGCGGUCAAAUUACAACAGAUUAUCAUGCAAGGGCUUGGACUGAAGACAUUACCUGAUGCAAGUAAGAUGAAUAUCAGCCAAGAAGAAUACGAGACCAAAUACAACGAAUAUUUGACACGUGUCCGUGAACGUAGAAAACGUGAGCUUCUAGAGGAUUACACCUUCGAAUAUUUAGAGGAAGUGUUAAACCCAGUUACCCUUUACAGUAUAAAACACAAUUUCAGUGAAACUAAACUUUAUCAAAUGAAGCAUGAGGAAAAUGGUAGCAUGAGACGCCGAAAACGAUCCCCCCUUUCGAAUAACGAUGCUGUCUACGUUCGAUUUCCUAUUGAAUUUGACAGUGCUGAAAUGCCAGACGAUGUUGAAGAGGCUGUACUGAGAUUAUUGCUGAGCGCAAAGGAUGUUCCUCCACAACAGCAGCAACGUCAUUCUUAUCCUCAUCAGCAUCAGCGAUUUCACAGAAAUCUUUCCCAUGACGGGAGACUUACAUUGAAUGGGGCUGUCACCGUAAAGGUGUACCAAUUAAUUGAACCCUAUGGACGAGUGUGGCUCGCCAGCCGAACAAUUGAAUUCGAUAAUAUUAACGAACCAAUAAGCAGUCGCUGGAUCGAAUUAGAUGUUUCCAAAGCAGUGAAUGGAUGGCUCCUUAGCAAGCAGUCCAACCUCGGCUUAGAAAUAGUCUGUGACAACUGCCACCAGUACAACAUGUACAUUAUGGAGGACUACUCAGCGAACUCCGAGCCAGACUUUAGUCCAGUCCUGAAUAUCGUGGGACGUUUUGGUAUGCACCGGGAGAAACGUUCACGUCAACAUCACCAUUUCAUGCAAGCAUCACGUCGUAAACCACGUAAAACUGAUUGCGUUCAAGAGAAUAACAAAUGCUGUCGCCAUAAAAUGGAAGUGGUCUUCAGUGAGAUUAAAGGCUAUGAUUUCAUUAUACAACCGAAAACAUUUGACGCGGGCUACUGUCGUGGACGAUGUCCACCACGCUAUAAUCCUGCCCAUCAACAUGCAUUUUUCCAAAGUUUAAUUUGGAAACAGGAUAAAACUAAAGUUCCACGACCAUGCUGUGCACCCUCGAAAUUGGCAGAACUCGAAGUAUUACAUGUUGAUGAGAAAAAUAAGAACAAACUUCAGGUUUCCACAUGGAAGGAUAUGCGAGUACAAGAAUGCGCUUGUUCUUAGUGUUUUUGGGAAGAUAUUUUAUAAUUUCUAUAUUACAUAUUUUUUUAUUUUCAUUAAUUUUUAGUAGCAUUCCAUUUAUUUAUGAUAUAUUUUUGAAGAUAAGUGAAGAGGACUGUCUAGCCCAGGACUUCUUGCUUUUGUACUUAAAUAUAACAAUCCCUGUAAAGGUAAAUGAACGUCCUGUGGCCUGAAUUAUGUUUUUCAAGACACUGCACGAGGACUCCCAUACGAAUUUCUUCUUUUGAAAGGCAACUUUCAUUUGAAAACCUGCUCAAUAUGCCUGUUGUAUAUAAUAGUUGGUAGUGAAGAAGCAAAACAGUGUUAUAUGUAUUUCUUUAAUAUUUAUUCUCAUCAUUAUUUCGGUCAUGAAAUAUGAAUAAAAUUCGAAAACUCCUUCUAUCUUGACAGACAGAAAUUUUUAAAACAUGCCGUUAACAUAAGAAAUAUUCUCAUUGUUUCCGCUUCGAGCUUAAAUCAGAAAAAGGGCAGAAGUCAGCCUGGAUUAUUAUGUACUUAAUGUAAUAUAAAUCAUGUAAAUUUAGUGGAGAUUUGAGUAUUCUUUGCUGGAGAAAUAUUUAAAUAUUGCCUUUUCCACAUAUAAAUGUCUCUUGCAUAAAUAACAAAAUCUAUUAAUCAUUAAACUGCAAAGGGGCGUAGCUGCUGUGCCAUACUCAUUUAUAUGCAUAAUUGGAAUAGAUAAUUCAUACACAAACCAGAGUUAAAUAUAAAUCUAUAGCAUUCCACGAAGUUUUAAGAAGUUCAAUUCGCGCCAAUAUUAUCAACAUUGACAUACAGUGGGUCAAACGCAUAAUCGGACGAAGAGUGCUCCAUGUUUUGAUCAUGUUUAUUUGUAUUAAAUUAUAAACUUUUUUCUCAAAAUUUAUAUUGAGCUUUUAGAUAAUAAAUUUACCUUUCAAUAGAUGUAUAUGACAUAAUAUAUUUUCAUUCAAUAUUAUUAUGAAAAAUAAAAACAACAAAGAAUUGACAAAAAAUUCACGCCAAACGAAUAACCGGACACACAGACAAAUCAGUAAAAUUUCGCUAUAUACCCUUACUUUCUUCCUGGAAUUACUUGUUACUGAUAGGUACAAGUUUAGAAACAGUAUUGAAGUUUUCUUCGAAAGGAAAAGGACAAUAGCACCGACAUCAGAACAAACAACUCCUGAAAUACGCCACCUAAUAAUAAAGCUACUAGGAGAGGGUAAAAUUGCCCGAACCAUCGGAAAAAUUGUUGGCCCAAGCCAUAUCGCGGUUUACAACGUUAUAAAACGUUAUGAAGAAAAUUUUCGAAUUCCUAAUAGGAGCAGAACUGCUCAAGGGGAAAAAUUUGAUGAUCAUAAUGAGCGGCGUAUUCUGAAAGAAGUUAAUAAAAAUACUGUUUAAUGACAAAUGAAUUGAAAAAUAUAGUACAAAACGAUUUAAAAACAAGUCGG